UAUCCGCGUGGUGUUGGGUCUUACCCCACCUUUCUUUCUUGCUCUGGUUGGAUCAUCGUGUUUUUUGUGGGUUUGGAUCAGUGCCCAAAGGGGACACACCAGCAGCCUUCAAAGGUCUUUCGUUUUGCGGCCUAACGUACAUAGGAAGUUGUGAAUUUGGCAGAACUGUGGGGAAAAUAGGACCUAUAUCCAAGACACUCAUUUGCUAUGGUCAACUUGAAUUCCCACCCACCCGAACAGGCCCCGCGGACUCUCACCGAAUUUGAUACCAUGACAUCACCCCGCUCUCGCCGGUCUAUACGAGAUAUAUACAUUCCACGUCCUCAAGAUGGCACCUCAUCCUCGUCCGAUUCAGAAGAAGAAACGGACUUGCAAGAUAUUGGACGUAUCCGUCAACGAUUCCUUCACACGGAUGAUCGUAGUGCUUUUGAACGAACAGUUCUCAGUCGUACUUCGCGGAGGAGGACAAACGGGACUCUGGCGGAUCAAGGCAACGAGUCGGAGAGAAGUGACGUUACAAGGAGGUGGACCGUCGACCCUUGGCGGAAUCCAAGUGAACGGAGUGCUAAUGAAAAUCGACAGAAUCUACGUCGUAGAGCUGUGGUGCGGGGGGCGUUAUCGCAUGUUCGUCGUCAACCGUAUGACGAGGAAACCACUCGGUUUGCAGCGCAGUUGGCCCGGAAUCUGUCGUACGCUUCCUUCCAACGUGCUGAAAUGACUGCAAAUGGAACAGACACAAGCACGAAUGCCGAGUCUAGUUCCGAGACAUCAUCGUCGGAGGAAUCAGCUCCCCUCCCCCCUCUUGCACCUAUACCCAUCACAGCAGAUGCGAAUUCCAUCACAAUCCAUGCGGACAUGACUCCAGAACCUACGGUUUCACGAAUCAUGGAUCCCCUCUCUCCCUAUGUCCGAAUUGUUGUACUACCUCCCGAUAACAGUACCGAUCCUAUCCCCUUUAAAAUUCGACGUACGACACCCCUGGAGCGCCUCAUGGACGUUUAUUGUCGGAGAACGGGCAGAAGUGCGUUGUGGUCUGAAUUUAUGUUUGGGGACGCCAGGCUACUCGGAAAACAGACGCCCGAAGAGUUGGGAGUGGAAAAGGCGGCAGUGAUUCGGUAUGUGGAGCUGGGCGAGCGCGUGGGCCGGUGAUGAUGAUGUCCUUGGACUGCUGUUGCUAUGAUAUAAUACCCCAGGAUCGCGUUUACCAUAUCAAAAGGAUAGUAACUCGGUGCGGUCUGGUGUAAAGAUGGACUGCAGACCUUACCAUGAGCUGAUGGGUAUAUUCAUGUUCUUAUAUUUCGGCCUCUUGGUCACGCAUUGCGUUUUGUAUAUACCAUGUAUAGUGCUACACGUUGGGUUGUCUUUUUGUGCAAUAGGUGAUUUACUUUGCAACCUUUAUGACAUGGCGUUGGCAACAAUAUAGAUAUUAGUCUCUUUGUUCCCCGA